GGCGCUCCCCGCGGGCGGCACGAGCGGCGCCGUGGCCCCGCCCCUCGGCCAUGGCCGCGCCGGCGUGUGACGGGGCGGGGGGGUGGGAGGAGGAGCUGUUCCGGCUCACGGCGCGCCCAUAGCGGCGGCGGCGCCGUUGUGUCACUUCCGCGGCGCGCGCGGGGAGUGGGAGGGGCGGAAGGUUCCAGAGGGGCCGUGGGAGCAGCCGCUGCAGCCGCCGGGUGGGCGCCGCACGCGACAUGGCUGCAGCGCGCGAGGAGUUACAGAAAGAUUUGGAAGAAGUCAAAGAAUUGCUUACGAAGGCCACGAGGAAGCGACUUCGUGAUGUCCUGAUGACAGAGAAACACAAGCUAGAGCUAGAAAUCAAGAAUCAGCCUCCACCAAAGCCAAAAGAUGCAGUGGAGGAAGAAAAGGUUUCACUGGGAGGGUACACGGUGAAAAUAAACAAUUAUGGUUGGGAUCAGUCAGAUAAAUUUAUUAGGAUUUACAUCUCUUUAAAUGGAGUCCAGAAGCUUCCAGCUGAGAAUGUGCAGGUGAAUUUCACAGAGAGGUCGUUUGAUCUGCUAGUGAAGAAUCUGAACGGGAAGAACUACACCAUGACCUUCAACAACCUCCUGAAACCCAUCUCUGUGGAAGGCAGCUCUAGAAAGAUAAAGACAGACACGGUCCUUGUGAUGUGUAGGAAGAAGCGGGAGGAAAAAUGGGAAUGUCUCACUCAAGUGGAAAAAGAAAGCAAAGAGAAAGAGAAGGCUGCCUAUGACACCUCAGACCCUAGUGAAGGGCUUAUGAACCUUUUAAAAAAGAUGUAUGCAGAAGGGGAUGAUGAAAUGAAGCGCACCAUCAACAAGGCCUGGGUUGAAAGCAGAGAAAAACAAUCCAAAGGAGACAUGCCAAUGGAUAUUUGAAAGUACUCUAAGGGCCGCCUUAAUCACUGAUCUUCCAUGUGAGACAUGCUGUGCUGCAAAGAUCAUUGUUUAUACAACCUUCUUCCAAGCAAAGACAGUCAUUUUCCAUUUCAGGUUGGAGAAAAUACUUAAAUAAAAUAGCUUAUAAAGCAUUUCCUUCAGUCAAGUGGUUUACCAUUUCCUGAAGAGUGGAGCAUAGGUAUAUCCUUACCCCUCCUUGAAAAAGCCUCUCAAAUGAGUGGAGAGUGGUGAAAUUGAGAACAGUGUAAAAGAAAAUGAAUACUAAACUAGGAUGAGUCGAGGCCUCUCUGAUUCAAGUGACAGCUGAUUCGAGUACCCACCUGGUUGCUGAGGCCAAUGUCAUGCUCACUAAUGGGGGUGUGGAUUUUUUUUUAUGAGAUGUGGGCUGUAUAUUGAACUAUAAAGCAUGUCACAAAGGGAGAAAUGCUGAAGCAAGUAGAACCACUAUCUCAAACACUUGACAGUUAAGCAGAAACAAUAAGGUGUUAAAUCCUGUGAUAUUAAAAUUUAAUGAUUACUCUCAGAAAUUAAUGACUGCUGUUUAACCUCUUGUGAACUUUUAAAGUGAGAACAGCUCUUCAGUGCCUAUGUUAACUGUGACCUUGCGGGGUCUUUGAGGUGGCAUCAGUCACAGGAGGGCAGUAAGCUGCUGAUGCUGGACACUGAGCUUGCCCUGGCUCUAGUGGUGUAUGAGGACAAGAGAGACAAGCUCCGUGUUGUCCUAU